UUUUAAUAUUGCGUUUUGUGUGUUUCGAGGCUAUAAGAGGAUUUCCCGUGAACAACAAUAAAAAUCUCAAAAUCGGACAUGAUCAACCAAAAAUAAACAAGGUUCCACUGGAAAAUGAAUUUAGGACCAACAAGUCCAUACACAAAUGGACUAUUAUUUGCUGGGUGGAAUCAGGACCAUGGGUGCUUCUCAUGUGGAAUGGAAAGUGGUUUUCGAGUUUACAAUGCCGACCCUUUAAAAGAAAAAGAAAGACAAGAUUUUUCUGAUGGAGGCAUUGGUCAUGUAGAAAUGUUAUUUCGCUGCAACUAUUUAGCUCUUGUUGGAGGAGGCAAAAACCCAAAGUACCCACCAAAUAAAGUAAUGGUUUGGGAUGAUUUAAAGAAAAAACAUGUGAUAGAACUAGAGUUUUCUUCUGACGUAAGAAGUGUACGGCUACGGCGGGACAGAAUUGUUGUUGCCUUAGACACAAUGAUCAAAGUUUACACUUUCACACAAAAUCCACAACAGUUGCAUGUCUUUGAGACUGGCUUGAAUACAAAAGGUCUGUGUGUAAUGUGCCCAAACAGCAACAACUCGCUGCUCUCAUUCCCUGCUAGGAAGAUGGGUCAUGUUCAGAUAGUUGACUUAGCAGACACAGAAAAGUCCCCCGUAGAUAUUGCUGCCCACGAGGCCAAUCUCAGCUGUAUGGCUAUGAACAUGCAGGGAACAAAGCUAGCCACAUCAUCAGAAAAGGGUACUUUAAUUCGGGUGUUUGACACAGCUACUGGUCACCAGAUACAUGAACUACGACGAGGUGCCAACAGUGCAAAUAUUUAUUGCAUAAGCUUUAAUUCAGAUUCCACGAUGCUGUGUGUCUCCAGUGAUCAUGGCACUGUGCACAUAUUUUCUACAGAGGAUGAGAAAAAGAACAAACAAUCAUCAUUGGCAUCUGCAAGUUUCUUACCAAAAUAUUUUAGUUCCAAAUGGAGUUUCUCCAAGUUUCAAGUUCCCGGGGGUGCUCAUUGUAUUUGUGCCUUUGGAUCAGAGCCUAACACAGUUAUAGUUAUUUGUGCAGAUGGCAGUUACUAUAAAUUUAUCUUCAAUGCUAAAGGGGAGUGCACCCGGGAUGUCUAUGCACAGUUUCUAGAGAUGACAGAUGACCGAUCUUGAAGAGAAGACACCAUAUUGAACACAAUACCAUUUAGUUCUGUUCUUCAACUACCUAGGCUAUGAUGUGAAUGUCCUAUCAUAUACUCAGUCAAUGUAUCCUUUAUUGUGUCUGUAUAGUACUAAUAUAAUAACUGUGUUGAAUGCCAGCAGUGUACAGAAAUAAGUAAUGCUUGAUUCUCAAAAACAUAAAGUGUAAGUUUUACCAAUGUUGCAUUUAUGCAAUAACCACAAACAUUUACUAGGAAGAUAUUCACUCCUAAUACUUAACAAAACUGUGUUGUUGUUUUUUUUUUCAUGGAGAUUUAAAUUUUUUUUUUCUAAAAACUAUUUGUGCUUCUUUAUUUUUUUUUAAUGAGCCCAUUUCAACUAAAUAUAUGGGAUGUUUAUUAUAGGUGUAUAAAUAGACAUGUAUAGUUACUGUACAAAGGACACUAUGUAGAAAUAAAACCUGCACAUCUAAAUUAAUCUUUUUUAUCUUUCAUAAGUCAAAACUUUAUAAAGAAAUAUUUUAAUUUAUAGUUAACCUGUCUUUAUAUUAGUUAAACAUGAACAUGUCGCAUAUUAACAUGAAUGUUUUAAAUGUGACAAAAAAAUGUCUUCAUUUGGUCUUAAAGUUUUUAAAAGUUGAAAUGUCAUAAAAUCAUAAAAUGGUUUCAAAAAAUACAAAAGCUACGGUCAAACUUCAGCCAGCAAACAAUUGGUUGGUGUACACGUAGAGUCUAAAUUUGUAGAAACAUUUUCACCAGGUGAAUUUAUAGUUGUUUUGAAAAAGUAAUUAAUCCCCAAAAGUUGGAGAUGAUUAAUAAUAAUGCCUGAUUUGGUAUAAAUGCAUUUUGGAUUAUGUAUAAGUGAUGCUUGUAUAAUAGUUGAUUGUAGUGUCCAACAGAUAUUAUGCUUAAGUUAUUUUAUUCUUGACCUUGAAAGAGAAAGGAUUGUCUUGGACACAUUAUUAUUUCAUGUUGAAAUCUUAUUCUUUUUGUGCUUUUAACUUUACUGUGAAUGAUUUCUUUAUGUGAUACUUAACAUUUUGUAUGUGGGCUAAAUAUAACAGUGUGUAAAAUAAAUAAACCUAUUGUGUUGCAUGAACGAUUUUAAGGAUUCACUGGACUCUUAUAAAAUACUAAGCCUCUUUCACUGAUUUUAGCCAGGUAGUUUUAUAGUGUAUACAGUAUAAAGUGUUUUUGUAUAUAUAUAUAUAUUAUUACUGCAGAGGUCCCUUCAGCAGAGAUUCAACAGCUUUCUCACAUUUGCUUUAUUACAUUUUAGUGGACCCAGAGUAAAGUUCCUUUAAUUCAUGUAGAUAUACAAAAGUUUAAUGACCAGUGAAACAAAUUUUAGUUCAUAUUGCAUUUAAAAAGCUCAAGCAUAUUUUGACUAUAAGACACCUUUAUUUAUAGUUGUUUAAAAGAGAAGUUCUUAUAAUACCACUAAAACAUUUAUCUAUCAUUGAAUUGCUUACUAGGAAAUACUUGAUAGAUUUGUAGAUAGCGUUGCUAUUUCCUUUAAAAAUAGUUAAUGUGAAAUAAUUAAUUAGUUAAUACUGAAAUACAAAAAAAACAACACAUUAGUGUUUCAAUAUUUUACUCAAGCAUUUUGUAUUUUUUUUGUAACCAAUAAUAGAAUUAUUUUAGAGAAAAUGAAAAUAUUUGUUUUUCUGGCUUGAAAGAUUGUCUUCUCUAUUGCAAUUUACUUUCAUUGAGUAUCAUUAGGUCUUGUAAAUACACAGAUGUGCUUAUAAAAUAAUGAAACACAUUUCUCAUCCAGUGAAGCUUUUGUUUUUAAUCUAUGAUUCUUGUACCAUGUCAUGCAUGGUGUUUAUUUUCUUUUAAUUACCUUCACUUAAAAAUUAACCUUUUCAUUAUUUCCCCAUUGACUUAUUUUUAGCCCAAGAAAAGGAAAUCAACUUUUUCACGCAAUUGAACUAUUUUUGUAUGUGCUCAAUUUAAAAUCACUUCAUAUUUCCUGAUGGUUUGACUGGGUAGAGAGCUGCCAAUACAGGGAUAAUGAAGUGUGGAUUCUACUUACUGCCAAAUCUAGGUGGAAACAUUUGUCAAAUCUGAAUUAUAAAUUCUAAAUAUUUUUUUCUAGCAAUCAUUGAACAAACAAACUUAUCAAACUUACAUAUCUAUUAAAAAAUGAAGCAUUUCUGUCAUUUUUAAUCUAAAGUAGUAAAUAAAUACAAGGCUGAAUAAAACAUUUUAAUUUAUUUUAAAGCCAAAUAAAGAUUAAUUCAAAAUAGGAUUUGCCCUACUAAGUAUAGUUUUCCAAUGUUUUUUUUAGUGCGUUUCUUAACUGAACUAUGUGUUCAACUUGUAUUUGCAGUUUUAUUCUGGCAUCUAGUGGUUGAAUGGAUGUUCAUUUUUUUGUUAGGAAUUUCAAAUCUGACUUGUAUUUUAUGCUUGAAUUCAAUAUAUUGUAUAUGUCAACCACUAAUUUUUAUGCAUGCCUUUAUGUUCACACUCUACAUCAUCUACCAUUGUUUCUUUAAAAAGAGAAUUGCUUACAUAUGUGUCAGAUUUCAGAAUUUCUUAACUUAAAUCAGUCACAUAUACAAUUUUAUUUUGAAUUUCAGUAUUUAAGAUUGUAAAAUUGUUUUUUUAAAGUUAUAAAUGUUACUUAUUCCGAACUAGUCAAAUUUCCAGUUUCUUGGCUAAUAAAAAUUACUUAUAUGAUUAUUUUUUAGAUUGUAUUCACUUUAUUUUGUCUAUCUUUAAGUAAGUUUAUAUUAAAAAAAAACUUAUUUUAAACUUAACAGAUACCAAUAGUUUUAAGAAGUAAAUGAUGCCAAGAUAAAAACACUCUUGUUUUAAUAAUCAAACUGUAGAGAUAAGAUUGGCUACAUUUAUUGUAUCUGUAUUAUCUUUUUUUUCUGAUGCCAUACAGAUAAAUUUUGCUUUGUUGACACUGUUCGGGGUACAUUCCAGAAACAUUGAAUUUAUUACAGUCUGCUUGUGUAUGAAUGAAGAAAAUGUUUUAGCUUAUAAAAAUGUAUAUGCAUUCUUCGUUUAUUAAAAAAAAAUAUUAAAUAAUCAUUUAUGUAACAAUUAUUUUUUAAUAUUUUUUUCCCAUAAUGUUUGGUGACAAUCAAUUUUGAUGUAACAAUGCCCUAGAACUUGAGCUUACACAGUAAAAAUGUUAACACAUUU